GCUCUUUAAACGCCUUUUCUUAGGUCCCACAAUAUGGUGUGUGCCACUAAACUCUCCUGACGGAAUUGAGUGUAAUUAUCGGAUUACAGCCUUGCAGCUCUGAAGCUGGAAAUAUUUACUACCACACCGACAACGGAGGCGGUUUUAUGCCCUGAUGCACAGUUGGGUGUUGAGAGUUUUUUGACUGACUCACGCAGGGUUUUUAAACUUUACGUUUGGCCAACAUUCAUUCUCAUUAUUGUUAUUAUUAUUAUCAUUUUCGUUGACAGAGAAAAGAGAUUUUGCGUCUUGGAGAGAAGCGCAUUACGCAACUGGAGAUGUAAUGACGAGGAUUUACAUUUUGAAAAAAGGGGGUUUUGAACAUUCCUGAGGAGUAACGCUGAGCAUUUCGUCCAGAGAGCUGCUCCUUUUCUGUUAUGUCUGUCUCCUCUCUGCCAGAAUGGAAGCAACUCCUUCUGGAGAAGAAGAGGAGGGAGGAAGAAGAAAGAGAGAGGAGAGAAAAAGAAGAGGAAGAAAAGUUAGCCAGCAUGCCUGCCUGGAAGCGAGGAAUCAUCCAACGAAGGAAGGCGAAGCAGGACAAUUUUGGUGACAGAGAGAAGGACAUCUGCCCACUGCAGGCGGAUGUCAGAUCUCCUUCUGAUUGCCUGAGUGACACAGAUAGCUCGAUUACAGUCAAUCUGGGAAGUGACCUGUCACUCAGUCCAGAUCCAGGGCAGUGGCUGGAUGCAGAGCCCAAACUAGUGAGUCAGGUGUCCGUGGAAACCAUAGUUCCAGUCCAUGAAAACCCAUUUAUCCGCACACAAAGUGCAUGGAGGAAGAGCAGAGAUUCAGAUGCAGGGAAUGACCUGGAAGUUAAGGAAAGGGACAAGCACAGUCCCAGGGGUCAAGAUGUGGAUUCAAGCAGAGGACGGGAUAUAGAGCUGAAGAAGUUUAGGGAUAUUAAUGAAAAAGAGAAGAGCCGGGACAGGAGUCAAGGAAGAGAAAGAGAGAACAACAGGGAGGCGUGUGAUAAAGACAAAAACCAAUGGAGAGAGUCUGUUAAAGAUGCAGUCCAGUCAGAAGAAAAGGAAACCCAUUCUCCAUCUGGUCCGUUUUCUCCUCUUAUUUCUUGUCUUCGGACCAUCCGUGCUGACAACAUCAUCAUUAUCGAACAGGACAGGAAAGGGAGUGAUGAGAGGAGGGGCAGAUGGAGGGAGGUGGAGAGGCCUCAAGAGGACCAGCAGGGGAAAAGAGGGAUGAAGAUGGAUCUUAGGGAGAUCCUGGCUGGAGGAGGCAGCGUCACCGAGAUCCGAGCCUCUGAAGUUCUAAUUAUAAAGCCCUCAGUCAGCCCUGAAGACAGGAGUGCAGAGGGCAAUGGGAAGGAGGAUGGAGAGAUGAAGACGUGUGUGGAUUUAAGGAGGGAGAGUAUGGGCAGAGAGCUGAGAACUGACAUGUCCUGGCUAAGAGAAAAAGAGAAGGAGAGGCCAUGGGGUCAGGCGACGGUUAUUAAUAAAGAUGAAAGAAAGAACAGUUUGGAUGACAGUGUGUUUGUUGAGAGGGGAGGGAGGGUCAGCCAGUUACUGAGUAAAUUUGGAGAGCAUCCUAAGCCUCCAUGUCGAUCUAAAAGCUCUGAUAAUUUUCUUCAUCCAGGGAGGAGGAAAUUUUCAGGAGAUCAAGAUGACCAACAGGCUGAAGAGGGGAUGGCAGACGGAAAGAAUUUGUUGGUGAAAAGUAUACCAAAACGUUCCUUUAGCUUCUCAGAUCGAGUCAUUAGUGCUGAAGAGAAUGGGCUAGGCAACGAAGGAUGCUACGAAAGGAAACAUUCAAACAGGAAUGUGCCAGUAUGGGUUAAUAUGGCAAACAUGGGGAAGGAAACUACAUCAAAACUCAAGCUGGGGUGUGCAAGACUUUUAGAUAAAGAACGCUUUGGAAAGCAUAGAGAUAUAAAAAAUGAGGAUGAAAAGGGAGGAGCCAUGCAAUGGAGAAAUCAGGCAGAAAUGUGGAAAAAAAACAGGUUUGAAUUUAAGAAAGCUGAGCCUGUUGAUAAGAGGGCUGAAGAGAAAGUAGGUGAUACAGAUGGAGACAAAGGGUUCACAAUGGCAUCAGUUAAAACCAUAGAGGGAAUAUCGUUUGCUAGAAGAAUACCCAUCAGACAGGAUGGGAGAACACGAGGUGAAAGAGAAGCGAAACGAACGACAAGGGAGAAGAGUUUAGAAAAUACGAACAAAGAGCCAGAAGUAGGAGGGCAGACUGAGGAACAAGGUAGUGAUAAAGCCAAUCUCCAGAGAGAAGAUGGAUCUGAAAACACAAUCCAGCCUGAAGCUAGUGAAAUCACCGCUGCUCCAGCAGAGGCACUUAGUCUGAGUCAAGCUGCCGAGGUUCAGUCCAGUUAUGAUUCAGCUUUCACAGAGUGCUCCAGUUUGCUCUGCACAGUCCCGGAUACAGCUGCCCAUAGAGGGCCAGAGUGGAGUGGUACAGGACCACAAGGACCUUACCUCACACAUUCUGUUUUGACCCCACAAACCGAGGAUCUUAUCAGCAAAAUAGAAAAAGUAGGAGACACAACAGUUUACAUGAAUGAGAGAGGUGCAAAAGCUCACUGGGCUGCACAUGAAAUGACCAAAGAGAACAAACUGGAGAUGCAACCCGGAAGCAACAGUGGAUCAGAGAGUCCGAUUCACAAUACAACUCCCAGAUCUCCAAAAAGGAUUGCACCCAUUGGGAUUCCACCAGGCCCCCUCGAAAUACAAAUCCCUAGGACUGUGUUUUAUGUAGCUGAAGAAAUGUUGGAAAAAAAAACAACUGAGGGUGGAAGCAGCGAUGGACAAGACUGGGAAGGAGGGCGAGGGGUUGAGAGAAGGGAUAGCUGGAGGAUUGGAAAACCCUUGAGUCGUAUUGAGUCCCUACGAGAGAAAAUCAGACAGAGAGAGCUGGAGAAGCUCAGACAAAGAGAAGCACAAGGUGGAGAUGGCAGUGAAGCUGCAGAGAUCAGUGAUGCUCAGACAGCUGAUGCUAAGCGUGAAGAGAAGGGAAAUGAAAAAGAGAAAGAGUGGGAAGCUACGGCCCAUUUACAGAAGAGGCCAGCUGAAGCUGAGAGGGCACAGGAAGAGGCAGCGCAGCAGACAUCCGUCACUGCGUUUGACGUCACACAGGAAGUUGACAUGUUGAAAACCUGCCCACAGCUUCCUGUUUCUGUCCCCCGCUCGAAAGCCGACAGAGCAGAGGAAGUGACAAGCGAGUGCACCACUGCUGCCACCGAAGUUAUCUAUGAUAGCACCCAGAUAUCCGAGGAUGAAGAUGGCCCCCUGAAACAUGUAGAGGAGAAGCUGAGGCGACCCAGGGGCCAUCACAGGAACAAAGAAGAAGAGGAAGACGAGGAAGAAAAGGAGCUCUCUGAGGAGGACGUGGAGGAAUAUUCAUCUUCUUUCGAUUCUGUACAGUCGCUCUCUCCUUCACCGCCUCAUCCAAACUCUCUUGCAGCCAUGAGCCGGAUCUACAACCUGAACACUGUGGGUUCAAGGUCGGGUUUAUGUUUGAGGGAGAGGGCAGGAGACAUUUCAUCACCUGUGCACCUUGUUAAAGUGAAGCCACUCAUUUCAAACUCGCAGCAGGGGGACAGCAAAGCCCAGUCAGGUGAUGACAGCUGUGGGGUUCAAAAAGUACAGCAGCAGAUAGAGCAAUUUCAGUUGAAAGAGCAGGAAGUGCAGAAGACCUGCACUUCACCAAAUGCUUUGCUGAAGGACAAAGAGAUAAAAAGGCAACAAAGCCCCAAAGGAGUGUUGAAGCAUCAGAGGAAGGAUAAUGAAGAAAAACCAGAACUGAACCCUAAAGUGUCCCCUCAGCAUGUUUGUUCUCCAACAUCUCAACUUAAGCAAACUAUCACCAUCACCUCGUCAUUUCUCAGGAGCCAAUCUCCAGACAAUUCUUUAAAAACUACAAAUUAUGCCCCGACUCCGGCCUCCUCCCCAAGCUCGCCUUCUCCUUCCCACUCCCCUAGCAUCUCUCCAUCACCCACCCCAUCGCCAACGCUCUUUUCCAUUAGGAGUGCCUCUGGUGGGCAAGUGAAAAGAGGUGCCACCAUCACAAUCACCCCCAAAAAACCUGCCGCUGGAGGAGCAACGGGGUCCACGGUACGACCUGUGACAAUUGGGUCCACAAAGACCCCAUCAGAACCAACUACCCCCACCAUGACUGAGCCAGUGAAGAAGAAGUACCCAACAGUGGAGGAAAUCGAGGUGAUUGGUGGAUAUCAAAAUUUGGAGAAGUCCUGUCUGGUCAAGAAUAAAGGGACCCCGAAGAAACAGGCAAACGUAUGCUUUGAUGAGGACCAAUUGGAGCAGGUGUGUGAGUACCCAUCAGAGACCUGUCUGCUGACAUUAAGCCUCCUCCCUAAUGACCUGGGGAAGACGGAGAGGCCGCAGGGAGAGGAUGCACAGGAGGAUGAAGGCGAAGUAGAGGCAGGAGCAUUCAUUUUCAAGAGCACAAGGAACAUGGGGAUCGCUACGGGACCACGUUUAAGAGUGGAUGAAUCUUGCCCUCGGUAGACGCCAGUCAUCUUCGCCAAAAUUGCCCAUGUGAUGAGAUCAUCGACAUUUUAUUGAGAAAUAUUAUGAUUUUUUAAUAUGUUUGAAUUAAUUUGUGUUUGUAGUCCUUUAUUCUAGCAUCAGGACUUGAAUUAGGUUUUAUGCACUUGAUAAAAGGGACAUAACUGUGUUUACUGUGGGAGGAAUUCACCCAGAUUAUUUUCAGGGAACUGAGGGACAGCGGUGAAUGUAUAAGUGUGGUUCAAAAAUUUAAAUGAAACCCUCAAAUGUGUACUGCUGAGCAAUGGUGGAUCACUUGUCUAUGCAAUAUAAAGAAAGGGAUAAGAUUUUAUUUUGUAGAUAAUAUAUUUUAUAGUGUUUAUAGUAUCUCUCUUAUGGUGUAUUUUAUGUUCAUGUCUUUUGAAAUUUAAGUCAGCUCUGCCUCAGCACAAAAGAAAGACUCACUGAAAUGAUUUUUAUGUCAUCUGGUUUGAUGUGCCUGCUGCAUUUGCCCAUACAGAUGACACAAAAAUCGGCUAACAUUGAAACGUAUUUUGAAGCUUAACAGAUACUAUAAACCUCCUCUCUUUCUUCAUGAAUGUUGUCUUGUGUGCAACAGGUUUUGAUUCUAAGUGUGAUGCAAGUUGUUUCCUGUGGGGUUUAAUGGAGCCUUACUGUUCACAGAAACAACUCUGCUAGCUAUUCAGGUUAUGGGCAUUGACUUGAAUAAAGGUUGUAUUUUGUCAUUUUUAUUGUGUGGAAGUGGAGAGCUGAUGGAAGUUCCCGAGAAGAAGAUUUUAUAACAAUACUAUUAAUUCAAUUUACAUAAUAACUUUGGCAUAAUAAAGCAGAUAUUGGACUUUUAGCUACAUUUAGAAUGUUAUACAAGGGUGUGUUGUUUUUAAACUAAUAUUUUAAUUGGUAAAAGAUAAUGCAAAUUCAUCCAUAUAACAAAAUUUUCUAUAACAAUUGAAGAAGCUGGCUUCAAGAAAAAAAAUAAAAGAGUUC